UGCUUAAACUCGACGUGCUCCGUUCCUCUCUUUGGAAAAAGGAAACGGUGAUGUUGUUUAUUCUAUUUUUGUCGUCCGUCAUCUGCGCCAGAAUAUCAGGUGGAAAGGUUAUUGGUCAGGAUACAACAGUCAUAAAUGAAGAAAAUGCCACUUUGUUGUGUCAGCUGACUGAAACAGAUGAUGAUCUAACUCGUAUUAUAUGGAAGAAAAAGACACGAGAAAACCCUGAGGAGAGCAUCUUUUUUGUCAUUCGCCAAGGGGGCAAAACUGAACACAAGAAUGGAUUGAAGGUACAAUUUAUUGGGAACUUUGCAGAGAAAAAUGGAUCAAUUCAGCUGCUCGGAAUGAGGCUUCUGGAUGAAGGGAUCUACACAUGUACCUUCAACCUAUACCCUAGUGGGCCAUUAGAGACUGACAUCAAUGUCACCGUUUUUGCUCGCCCUGUGGUUAAUGUAAGUGGGGAGGCACCUGUUGCUGGAUAUUUAAAGGUGAAGUUGGCAUCGUGCUUUGCCUCUAAUGCACGACCUGGAGCAGAAGUGAUGUGGAGAUUAGGAGACCUGGAAAACUUUCUGAUGACUGAAACCAGUGAUACAAUGAACCCAGAUGGGACCAUUACUGUUGUGUCCUACCUACUUGGUGUCCCAUUAAAACAUUUAAAUAAGAAGAACAUCCAGUGUGUGGUGAAACACAUCACCCAAAAAGAGGAACUUGUGCUGGACUACACAAUAAACAUCCAUUAUCCUCCUGAGUCAGUGGUUAUAAUUCCUGACAGUCCAAAAAAUGCUAAAGAAUUCAGGUGUAUAGUGGAUAGUAACCCAGAACCAACCAGCUACACCUGGACAAGAGAAGGUACUCCCUAUUAUGAAGGCAACAAGCUUCCUAUGCCAAAACUGUCCCCUGACUUUAAUGGCUUGUACAUUUGUAAUGCCUCAAACAAAUAUGGAAGUUCAUUAGGUUCCCUGUAUAUCAAUGUUCACACUGAAUCCAGCACCGUCUGUUGGGGUCUGUUUGGUUUUGUCAUCUGUUGUGCUGUUCUUGCUGUUGUUGUUGGUGUGAUAUUCAGAUACAAACAGGAAUGGAUUCAAGUACUACGACAUUCCAGUGAUGAGAGAGCACAGGACAGUGCAGGACAACCAAGACAGGAGGAUGACCGUGAUGAUCAGGAUGAAAGUGAAAUGGAGAGCUUUUCUGAUCAGAGACAUUGACAGCUGUUUUUGGACCAGCGCAUCAUCGAGAAUCAUUGCAACAGCGAGAAUAAAAGGUUAUGCCUUCUUUCUUUGCGUGAACAUUUGGGCGGCAUUAUGCAAAUCUUCCCAGAUAGUGACGUAGAGAUGUGGGGGCGUGUUAGAACGAGCCAUUUUAGGAGGGUGUGGUUG